AACUAUAACAUAUAUCAUUACGUGUAUUUGAUAUCGUACGAGUUUGUCUUUGCAGCCAGUCGUUGUCAGGUCUGUCGCCCACGUUUCAGUUUGCUCUUGACGACGGUACCACAUCUAGCUGCAUCGGCCGCUCCAGCCAACACCUGAGCUAACACACGCCAACAACUGCCGUGCCGUGCCGCGCCGUACGCCAGCGUAGCGUGGCUGCCUAUGCCGUUGAAGCCACCGCCCUGACACGUACACGGCGUAUGCAGUGACAGGAAGGAGGAUCCAAGGAGCCAGAAUGCGGAGGCCCAACUUCAAGUGGAUGGUCAAGUCCAUCCUGGUGCUGCUGAUAUCGCUCACCCUGCUGGUGCUCAUUACCAGCUGGAUAUCUUCGAGCCCCUACACCAACCGGCCAGUUCAUCACGGCGUCGAGCCUCAGCCCGAGAAGGCAGCGCUUUUGGGUCAAAAGGCCGCCGCUGUGAACGAAGAUUCAGUAGAACGUAUUCAGCCCAUUCAUGUCGAAGCGCUUAAGCCCCGACAACAGGCGGAACUAGAAGCAGGAGCCGAAAAAGAACUUGACCCCGAAUCAGAUUAUCCUGACGAAAAACCCAAACGGAUGCGGCCAAAGAACGACGAAUAUGGCCAGCAGCCUGAGCAAGAGAUGCACCUGAAGCCACAUGACCAGCAGAACGUCGUAAAAGAUUGGCACGACUACGCGGCGAUGGAUAAAGAUACUUUGCGCGUUGGUAUCGGGGAAGGGGGCAAGGCGGCCAAACUGGAGGAUGAGGCGACGCUAGAGCAGGAGCGUAGAAUGUCCUUGGAGAACGGCUUCAAUGCUCUGCUCUCCGACUCCAUAUCUGUUAACCGCUCGCUCCCCGACAUUCGCCACAAACUCUGCCGCCAGAAGGACUACCUGGCCAACCUGCCUACUGUCAGCGUUAUCAUCAUUUUCUAUAACGAGUAUCUGAGCGUUCUGAUGCGCUCCGUCCACAGUCUGAUCAAUAGAUCGCCCAAAGAGCUGCUCAAGGAGAUAAUUUUGGUGGACGACUUCAGUGACCGCGACUAUCUGCACGCAGAGCUGGAGCUCUACAUAAAGGAGCACUUCAGUAAAAUCGUUCGUGUGGUGCGUUUGCCCAAUCGCACGGGCCUCAUUGGAGCGCGUUCGGCCGGGGCACGAAACGCAACCGCGGAAGUGCUCCUCUUCCUCGACUCACACGUGGAGGCCAACUACAAUUGGCUGCCACCGCUACUGGAGCCGAUUGCCAAAAACAAGCGCACAGCUGUCUGUCCCUUCAUCGAUGUCAUCGACCACGCCACCUUCAACUAUCGCGCCCAGGACGAGGGUGCACGCGGUGCCUUUGACUGGGAGUUCUACUACAAGCGACUGCCGUUGCUGGAUGAGGAUCUAAAGUAUCCCGCCGAUCCCUUCAAGAGUCCCGUCAUGGCCGGAGGCCUUUUUGCCAUAUCCAGGGAGUUCUUCUGGGAACUUGGCGGCUACGACGAGGGCCUGGACAUCUGGGGCGGCGAACAGUACGAGCUGAGCUUCAAGAUCUGGAUGUGCGGCGGCGAAAUGUACGACGCACCCUGCUCCCGCAUUGGGCACAUCUAUCGUGGCCCUCGCAAUCACGUACCCAGUCCCCGAAAGGGUGAUUACCUGCAUAGAAACUACAAGCGAGUGGCCGAAGUCUGGAUGGAUGAGUACAAGAACUACCUGUACGACCAUGCUGACGGCAUCUACGACCGCAUCGAUGCCGGAGAUCUGACGGAACAAAUGGCGAUACGCAAAAAGCUAAAGUGCAAAUCCUUCAAGUGGUUCAUGGAAGAGGUGGCAUUUGACCUGAUCAACAGCUAUCCGCCCGUAGAUCCGCCCACCUUUGCGCUCGGUGCCAUACAGAAUGUCGGCGAUAAGCGCCUAUGCAUAGAUACGAUGGGACGGCGAAAACACAAACGGAUGGGCGUGUAUGCCUGCGCUGAGGACCUUAAAGUGCCACAAAAGACACAGUUCUGGGAGCUCAGUUGGAAGCGCGACUUGCGGCUGCGUCGUAAGAAGGAAUGCCUGGACGUCCAGAUUUGGACUGUGAAUGCGCCCGUCUGGCUCUGGGAUUGCCAUUUGCAGGGGGGAAAUCAAUAUUGGUCCUACGACUACCACACACAAACCAUCAAGCACGGCCGGGAUGGGAGGCGGUGUCUGGAGCUGCUGCCCUUCGCCCAGGAGCUGGUGGUGAACAAGUGCAACACCAGUAAUACGUUCAUGAAGUGGAACUUUGGCUCCUUUAAUAAGACGGCACUAGACAACUACGACAAGGAUCUCGUCCUGAAUCUGGAUUGAUUGACUCAACUCCCACUUGCCAUGUACUUAACAGUUCGAUGUAAAUACCUAGGCUAAUCUAUAUAUACAAACAUACUAUAUAUACAUACAUAUAUGAAGUAGGUUGUAAGAUAAUUGGCCAAUUUACUACGACUUAAGCGCACAUUCCAAUGCUGCAUUAAACGAGACUAUAUAUACAAUAUACAAAAAUAUACAUACAACAUACAUAUAUGUACAUACACUCGUACCGUACCUAUACGAGGAUUGUGUUCACGUGGCUGCCAAAACUCUUUAAAUUCAGUAUGACAGUAGGACAAGAAAAAUGCACAUGAGCGAGUGUAACUUUGUUUUCGUUUUAUUUAAUAUUAAUAUCUGUUUGCUUUCAAUACGCGUACUUUAAAUAAAUAUAAUUUAUGUUUCCUCCUA